AUGUCCGCACCCACCACUGCGGCGGCCGACGCGGCAAAGCAGCACGAACGCGACUUUGAGAGCGAGAUUGGCGACGUCGACGAGCUCGAGGUCAAGGAGGAGGCUGUCCACUUUUGUCUGCUCGCCGAGUUUGACAUUGACGCGGGCGCGACCCUCGCACACCAGUAUCCCUACCCGACUGGUACUGAUGAACACAAGCUUGCAGAGCUCAUGUUGCCUGACGGAGCGCACCUGCGCGGCGAAGACUGGACUAUUUUCUACCUUGGACAGACGGCGUCGAGCUCAGUCUCGCCCAUGCUUCAACACGAGUCCAACACGGUCGACAAGGCGCGUCUGAUCUCCAACCGGGCGUCCAUGUUCCCUCCCAACGAGCGUCCUCGGCGUGGAGCUCCCGGGGGCGGUCUGCUUUACGUCCUCAACUGUGUACGCAUGAAGGAAGACAAGAGCAUGCGUCGUGGUGCAAUGGUCAAGGCCAUGGCCAUCGCGACUCCCAACCCAUACAUUGGCAUCUACAAGCCGCUUCUUUUGCUCGCGUUGGAAGAGUACUUUAACAACCCGUCACAUGAGAUUCUGGCGCGUCUUUACGACUCGGCCAACGCAAUCUCUACAGCCGGUAUGCCUGUUCUCACGCGCGAGGAGCGUAUCCUUCUCCGCCAGUCGGACCGCAAGGACCUCCUCGAGUACCGUUACCGCACCCAGGACGGCGACGACGCCAGCCAAGCCCACGAGUCGAGCAUCGGCCACGAAAGCCGCGACCGCACUGCCAGUGUCAGCAGCGGUCGCCCAACAAUGGCCCGCAAGGACUCGUCUUCGAGCUCGCAGAUCCAGCUGCCGCCCCCUCGUCGCGGUGUUCCUCGCGACACGCACUUUUUCGAAACGGAGGCCAAGUUCCGCAAGAUUACGGUGCCCAUCCGCAUCCCCAUGACCGUGUUCGAGGAGGAUGUUGGCGACUAUAGCAUCAUCGAGCUUGUCCAGACCUUUUCACAAAACGUCCAGCCAUUCACGGGCCCGUUCCACCCUUACCUGCAUACCAACGGCGCGUACACCCACCCAGUCAUUCUCAUUUUCAACGCCAUCCUCGCCCACAAGCGUGUCAUGUUCCUUGGCCACGGAUUGCCGGCAAACUCGGUGGCUAGGAUGGUCCUUGCCGCAUGUGCCAUGACGUCGGGCUGUGGCCAGGUCCUCCGUGGCCACACCGAAAGUGCGUUCCCGUACGCCAACCUGGCGUCUCUGGACGUGCUCGAAGAGUUUUCCGGAUUUGUCGCGGGCGUCUGCAACCCUCGUUUCGAAGAGCUCCCUACCACCUGGGACGUUCUCUGCAACCUCGAGACGGGUAAAGUCACUGUCUCCAAGGAGCUCAAAUCGGGCACUGCCAGCCGCGGAGACAGCGGCAGCGAAUCGAGCGUCCCCAUCGCCCGUGGCGACGAGGACCCGUUGGCGUCUGGCAAGGCUCAGGCUGUCCGCGGCACCGACUGUAUCGACAACAUGUUCAUCGAGGAGAUUCUCUCGGCCUCGACUCAGCACUAUGGCGAGUCGCACAUUCGCGUUCGCUGGACCGAUUACAUUUCGCGUUUCGUCCGUCUCGCCGCAUACCAAGAGUUUAUGCACUUGGGGUCGACAAAGAUCGGGUACCCGUACACAAUGUUCCGCGAUGGCCACCUCGGUUCUGGUGUCGUGUUCAUCGACGACUCGCUCCGCCAGCGUGAAAUGUGGGGCAACGUUCACCGUAUCGACGCGUGGCGCAAGACCAAGAGCUACAGGCUAGUGCAGAAGGACUGGGAGCGCGAGCAAAAGCACGCCCCCAUCCGCGGCUUUGAUGCACUCCACAACAUCAAGCGCCUGCGUAUGACUCGCACCAUGUCCACCAAGGAGGCUGAGCUGCUGUUCGCCACCUUGGUCCGCCAGGUGCAGACGUACGACCAGGUCGUCGAGCUCCUCGCCUACCUCCCCAUUCACUUUGGCGGCCUGAUCCCCAUUGCCAACGGCCUCUUCCACCCCCUCCCCAAGGUCCGCAACGACGCCCUGGACCUCAUGUGCACCAUCAUGUCGUACUCUGUCGGCCGCCACGCGCUGCAGGGCCUCAACUAUCUGCACCGCAAGACGUUUAUCGAGCUGCUCGAGCGUCGCGAGGCUGGGCGGGCCCUUUCCAAGCGUCUGAACGAUUCAGAGGUGCGCGCGGGCCUUGGUGCUGACGAGACGGAGACGCCCGCGACGGUUAAAGGUGGGGAGCUGGCUGCGCAGCAGGCUCUCAAGGCGUAG